AUGUCUGGAAAUGAUUCCUUAAGCAAGUCGAAUCAUUUGCAAGAAAUAUUGAACGCAGCUUUUCUGAAAUGUCUGCGGGAGGUCCUUUCCCAGCCUUAUCCUGACGACGGUGAACGAUACUGCAAUGCUACCAGCGACAUCUUCGGAUGUUGGAACUACACACAGAUUGGAACUACCGCCACUGUCCAGUGUCCAGAUAUUCCGGGUAUGAACCCAAACGAAUUUGCCUACAAAAAAUGUACAGACAAUGGAACAUGGUGGAGAAGUCCGACCACAAACAAAGAGAAAUCAGAUUAUAGUCACUGUUGGAAAGAUAUUCAUACAUUUAUAGAGAACACCAACAGUGGUCAUGAACACGUGUAUAUAUUUGUUGGCGGGUACUCCAUCUCGGUGGCUAUGCUUUUGUUAUCGCUUUUUAUAUUCUGCAGAUUCAGUCAACUCCGCUGUGACAGAAUCACUAUACACAAGAAUCUGUUCUCGUCCUAUGUGCUGACGGGAUUUUCUUGGAUCCUAUACAUGUUGCUAGUGGCUAUUGACGGUCACGUGAUUCAGGAAAAUCCGAUAUGGUGCCGGAUGAUCCACGUGUUUGCCCAGUACUGCGUUGUGUGCAACUUCUCCUGGAUGUUCUGUGAAGGCCUAUACCUUCACACCAUUAUGGUCCGCACUUUUGGUUCCACGAAGCACGUGCUUAUUGCCUGCUACUUCAUCGGCUGGCUUUGGCCGUUCGUGCUGGUGGCGAUAUAUACAGGGAUCCGGGGCUCAGCUGACGAUACCCAGAGAUCAAGUUGCUGGAUAGGUGAGAGCAGUCUACAGUGGAUAAUGUACGUCCCGAUUAUAGUAUCUAUGGUGGCCAAUUUCGUUUUCCUGUGCAACAUCGUCCGUCUUCUGAUCACAAAGCUGCGACAGGUUCCCGAGGCAACACAAACCAAUGAUGGGAUGCACUCAGAAUGUGCUUUAUCUGUGCCAUGGAAGACACAAAUGACUACAGAGUGGUCAAAUGUCAACAUGAAGGAAGUCAAUAGUUUGAAGAAGGCUGCACGGGCCACGUUAAUCUUGAUUCCACUGUUGGGAUUACAGUUCCUCCUAGUCCCCUUGCGUCCGGAGAUUGGGUCGGACACGGAGCCAGCUUACCAUUACAUCAGUGCACUUGUCGUCUCUUUACAGGGGGCGUUUGUUUCCACGAUGUACUGUUUUUGCAACAGUGAAGUCAUAUCUGUUAUCAAGCGGAAGUGGUAUCAACACAAGGUCAUGUUUAGUGGGAAACGUAGUCGGACGUCAUCAACAAUUGCUGCCACCACGUACACAUUUGUGGAUCACGUGUCAACGGUACAAACGUCAAUCACGUGAUAGAUGUCACGUGACACGAAGAGAACUAUAUA